GCUUUAAAUUCGUCAUUACGACUAACCAGCGGUGGUGGUGGUUUCGACAAUCGCAGGCGGUUGUCGCUGCGGUAUUCUUAUCGUUUUGCCGAUCUUGGUCGCCGUCCUUGUAGGUUUAAUUGUGAUCCUGUUAGGAGAGUCAAGAAUGACGAACGCGAGCUCGCCGGAGUACCUGAGACAGUUCGUUGAGGAGACCGAUUGGUACAACGAAAUCUUGCUCGGCCUGAUCAUACCCGGGGACGCUUGGAAGCGCCUUCCCCGGCCGAUCCAGUCCUGGCUGCGUAACUACAUCGGUGGAACCGCCGUCUAUUUCAUCUCCGGUUUUCUCUGGUGCUUCUACAUCUACUACUGGAAGCGCCAUGUUUACCUCCCCAAAGAUGCUAUACCUUCGAACAAAGCCAUGUUUCUACAAAUAAUUGUUACAAUGAAGGCUAUGCCCUUGUACUGCGGCCUUCCAACAAUUUCGGAAUACAUGGUUGAAAGGGGAUGGACAAGAUGUUAUUCUAGCAUUGGAGAAGUUGGCUGGCUUGCACAUACUGUUUACCUUAUGAUAUACUUGGCCCUUGUUGAAUUUGGAAUAUACUGGAUGCAUAGAGAGUUGCAUGACAUAAAACCAUUAUACAAGUGGUUUCAUACAGUACACCACAUUUACAACAAGCAAAACACACUCUCCCCUUUUGCAGGAUUGGCAUUUCAUCCGUUGGAUGGGAUACUGCAGGCUGUGCCACAUGUGAUUGCUCUCUUCCUUGUCCCAACCCACUUCUUGACUCACAUGGCUCUACUCUUUUGCGAGGCUGUAUGGACUGCCAAUAUCCAUGAUUGCAUCCAUGGCAAGGUUUGGCCAAUCAUGGGCGCAGGUUACCAUACAAUCCACCAUACCACAUACCGUCACAACUACGGCCACUACACAAUAUGGAUGGAUUGGAUGUUUGGAACCCUUCGAGAUCCUGAGGAGGAAUUCAUUAAGGCAAAGUGAUGCAACCAGAAUGAUUGUUUGCUUUUGUGCUCUGGCUACCAAAUGUUUUUGAUACCUUGCAUCUUGAUUUCAAUUUAAGGUGAAAUUCAUCUUCAAGUUGCUUUGGUAUUCUGUAUGGUGGGUUACCCGACCUGAAAUUUCAUAGAACAAUUUGGUUUUAUUUGCAUAAAGAUUGUUUAGAUUGCUGUGUACUCUUCAUAGAGACGACGCACUGUCAGCCUGCGUUUGCCCAACUAUGUUCAUGUAUUCGCUGGCUCAAUGUUUUUCCUGUUCCGUUAUGUCCA